AGUAUGUAGAGACUUUGCCCCCAACUGGUCGAGGGUUCAGCAGUUUCUGUGUGUGGUGAUGUGAUCAUGGGGUCAGUCUUAGCCUUGUUCAGAGGUCCACUUAACCCUCCUCGCAAUGAAGAAACCUCACAGGUACAGUUCCCACCCCGAUCCGGCUGCUACUUUGGUUCCUACUUUAUAAUGGGAGGUGAACAUUUCAACACGGGACGUAACGACGCGUACUUGUUCGGGGAACCUAACGAUCUGACCUUCUUAAACAGAAGACCUGCCCCCUUCCCUUACCCCGCUCCAGCUGCUAGUGAACCCAGCAAGACACUCCAGAGUCUGGUGAAUGUGAGGAGGGACAGUGUCAAGUUGGUGAAACCCCCCUGCUGUUGUCCCUGUAACCAGUGUAGUUGCCAUGGUAACUACACGCUAGAAUUCGUGGUGGAUGCAGAUGUGGCGUGUGUUGUGAGAGUACUGACUGGAGUUAAGGAUGAUGCUAUUGUUAGUUCUCAACGUGAUCCUGCUGUUAAACACUUCAACUUCCCCGCUGGUAUUGGACAACAGUUCUCCGAGCCUGAUCUCGUGUUCAGUCCUGGGGAGUUCCCUCACUCCAUGUUCAAGUGGAACAGCAACAUGACGGAGCCUAUACCCCUGGUGAUACACGUGACAGUGGAAGCUGAGUUUCAGGACCACGCUCAUUUCGUAUUCUGUGUAUUUGAGAAAUCUGUUGAUAACAUCUUCUCGGUAAAGGUCCUAAAACAGAAACAGAACAUUGAUGGAAUAUCCUUCAUCUUGCAAGAGAUUUACGGGAUGGAGAGCAAGGGAAGCUCUGAUAAAUCAGUGGGUAACGGUGAGUGUGUUGUCUGUCUGAACGCGCCGCGCGACACCAUGAUACUCCCCUGCAGACACCUGUGUCUGUGUUACACGUGCGCGGAGGACGUGCGGUUUAAGAGCAACGUGUGUCUGAUGUGCCGACAACCCUUCCGGGCCUUGUUGAGGAUAGAGGCUCUACAGAGAGUCGCUACUGAUGAAUCUGAUGGUAAAACGGAGAGCGAGGAGACGUUUGAAAGAGUGGAUCUGGUGGAGUACAAAUGUAGCAGCUCGCUGGAUUCCAACUCUAGGAGGGGCAGUAGCUCCUCACUCCAGCUGGAAGCAGGACCUUCUAAUCCGAAUAACGGUGAUGAUAUAACAUUGGAAACACAUGUUACUGAGGCACCUCCAGUGCCCAGGAAGCUGUCAGACAGUGUAAGGGUGGACAAUGUAGGAGUAGAGGUGUCAGCUAGUGAGCAGAGCUCCCGGAGCGAGGAGGAGGAGGUGGAACCUACUGAGUUCGACAGGUUUAUCAAGUAGCAAAGACUUUAAAGAAAAGACGAGCUGAGUUUGGAGUCAGAACCGAGAUAUUCAACUAACUAGAUCUUUUAUGGAAUUUAUUCUAGAAAAACGAUACAUGGCUGACUAUAUGAGCUGUGAAGUCAGAUUAAUUUAAAUAUUCAGUUGAUUCAUUUUCGAAUUACUAUUAUAUUUGAUGCACGGACUAGUUGACAAAUGAAAUAAACAAUGUAAAAUACGAAUUCCAACUUUCCUUUAAAUUCAAAAUGAUUGUGACUGUACAGCUAUAGUAUAUAGUGUGAUUAUUUCUGAGCACGUAAUCGUAUUUAUAUAAUAUCUUAAUCUAAAAGUGUAAAUCUGAAACUUUAAAAAUAAAUAGAUUUUUAAACAUUUUUAAUAUGUCAUGUUAAUUAUCUUUAACUAUCAGCAUUCUUAAAAUUAACAUUGAAAUUAAUAAUCAUUAAAUAGGGCUAAUGAACAUAAAAACAGGAUCUAAUUAUGGUCCUAAAAAUGAGCAAUCUUCUCCUGUGCCGAACGGCUGAGUUAAGAUAAGAACUCUUUCUCCUUAAAAAUCAGCGUUCAUUUGAAGCAAUUAAUCGGCGCUAAGAGGCGCUAAGAGUGUUAUUUUCUUAAAAUAUUACUCCAACACAGUGGUGUAACGUUGCCCCCCUAGAAAAUGUGUUUCUAGAUCAAAACGCGCAGUUUUGCUAAAUUUUCCCAAAUUCAAACGUUGAUUUGGCGCCCCCCUAAGAUAGUAUAGCGCCAAAUUGACAGAUCUUAAUUGGUUCUGUACUUUUGAGUAUUCUAGUGAUGUUAGUAUUGUUACUUAAAGUAACAUCGUUACUUAAAGUUUGUGUGUUUAAUACCUAUUCUUUAUCGUGAUUUUAGAUGUCGUUUUUAUGGUCUUUAAGCAAACAGAGAUAAAAAUAUUCUGUCUUUGAGUUUAAGUGUAAUGAAUAUAACACAUGAAUGAUAAUAUUUUACUUUAAGUGAUUUUUAUUGAAACCGAAA